AUGGUCGCUGCACAGAAUAAAUUCAAACGGAAAAGUUUAUUUGAGUAUCCAAAGUUACCCGAAGUUCCGAUAUGUUUUGCUGUUACGGUUUGUACAAUGAGUUAUGCGUGGUAUUGUGUUUAUAUGUGGGUUUUUUAAUUGUUUGGGGAAGGGGGGGGGUGGGGGUGAAAAUGGAGCAUAGGACUUGAGAAGUGUGGAAAAUAAAUCAAACUAGAUACAUCUUGAAAACAUAUUUUGACCUUGGAAAAAUAUGAUCCACGGAAAAAAUAAAAUGAUCUCUUAGAAAUUUUUUAAAGUUAAUUUUUCUAGAAACUACAAAAAAUAAUGAAAUAUUUUUUCUUGAAAAUUUGAAAUCUGUAGAUCACAAUAAUUUUGGAAAUUUUAAAGAAACGUUUGCUCAGAAUUACUCCGAAAUUUCUUUUAAAAAAUUAAAAUUCUCAUAAACCUUUCCGAAAAUUCAACUAUUUUAGAGCAAGUCAAAACUAUGAAUGGUCAAUGUCAGAUUUUGGAAUUUGGAGUUCUCCUCCAGUUAUUGGAAAUAUAACAGGACCAAUGAUGAAAGAUGUCACAAAUUGGGAAUGGUCUCGAUGGUCCCCUUUUGCAAUUUCCUAUCUUCCUGUAUUUAUUGGUCAUUUUUUAAUUUUCAAUAUCGGAUCAGCAUUUCUUCCUGAUUCAAUAUUUGUUCCAUUCUACACAAUCUCAUCAAUUCUUGCAGUUGCUUAUACAUUUACCCCAUUUCUUGUAGCUGUCUCAAUUUUCCAAGGAACUAUUGUAUUUUUGACAUCAAACUAUAUCCAAAAAACAUGGACUGUUUGGCUAAGCGCACUUCCAGUUUUAUAUGUUUCAAUGCAUGAAACAAAUUCGCUCUCUGAUGAUCCUUUCCAAAUUUUCACAUUUUUAUCAUAUUCAAUGAUUGGCUAUAUUUCAUAUUCUUUGGAAUUUCUUCGAGGCGAAGCAAGAAAAGAGGAUGAUACUUUGGUAAAAAGAUAUUUGAGAAUGAUGUUUUACACAUUCUAUCAACCAUAUUUAUUUUCUUUGAUCGUUUUAUAUCCAGAUUUUGAACGACAAUAUAGUGAAAGGUAUGUUCUCUAGAAAAUAUAGGUUUUCAUCAAUAAAAAUAAUUUUUGUAGAAGUACCCGAAAGCGAAACUGGCUGAAUGCAAUCUGGUUUGCUUGUCGGAUUUCUGCAUUAUGGUUGCUCCUCGAAAUUUCACUUCAUUAUCUCUAUUUUGAAGCAAUUUUGAAAAACAUGACAUAUUUAUAUUCUCUUCCAAAAGAUCAAUUUGUUGCUUUGGGAAUGGCUAUUGGAAUUUUCUUCCAUUUGAAAUAUGUUGUCAUUUUUGGACUUCCUUCGCUUUUUGCGAAAUUGGAUAAUAUGGAACCACUUCCUGGACCGAUUUGUUUGAUUCGAGUUACAUUGUAUUCAAAGGUUAGACACUUUGAGAACACGUUUAUAGACACUAUGGGAAAAAUAUCUGAUUUUUCGAAAAAUAUGAUUCAAGAUUUGUGAAAAUCUCAAAAUUUCUUCUACUUCUAAAAAUCGGUCUCGAAAAUCCCAUCUCUUUCAAAAUUCAACACCUUCCAGGUUUGGCGCGAAUUUGACCGUGGUCUCUACCAAUUUUUCAAAAAAUACAUCUUCAUCCCAAUCUGUGCUCCAACUUUCUCACUUCCCAGAAAAAUUUUUGGAGUUUUCAUUUCCUACGGAUUUGUUCUCUUGUGGCAUGGUUUCUAUCAUCAUAAUAUUGUGAGUUAUUUUAAUUUAUUUUUCCCGAAGUGGUUCUAAAAAUUCCGAAUAAAAUGUUAAACUGGGAAAAUAAUUAGAAUUAACCUCCUGGGAUCUAAAAUCUUAUAUGUUUUUAGGUUUGGAUUGGUCUGAACAUUAUCGCUUUGUUCAUAGAAAUGGGUUCAAAAGCGAUUUACACAAUCGAAAGUGUUCGAAAAUGGCGAGAAGCUAAUCUAUCAGAUAUCACUUUCCGUCGAAUUUUAGCCUGGUGCCACAUUUUACCAUUCGCAAUUGGGUUAUACUCGAAUUUCUAUUUUUUGGGAGGAAGUGAAGUUGGUGCUGCGUUUGUUCAAAGAUUCCUUAUUGAAGAGACAAUUACAUUCAGGUAACUUAUAUAGGUUAAGAGAUACCUAAUUAUAAUAAUAAUAAUCUAACACUUCAGAUGGCCAUUUUUGCUUAUUAUAUCAUUGGGUUGGUUCCACGCAAAUACAGCGAUGGAAGUUGAUCGACAGAAAAAGACUACUAAACUUGAGUGA